GGAGCUGCCAAUUCCACCGUGAAAAGAGGAUAUUUUUGUUGUUGGUGGAAACGGCAGGCUGUUGGCUUGCAAAUUCCCGAAACGUCAAGAUACUGCUGUCUCUUAAGUUGAAAUGGUUCAUCUCUCUAUGAUUCUCCUCCCCAACCGUGGGCCUGCCGAAACAAACAAACGAUUGGAUUCCAAAGUUCUUCUUCUUCUGAGUAGCAGCAGAUGGGAGCAUCAGAUUCAACGAUAUUAGGCGCUCAGGAAAAGGGUGGUGGAGAUGUGAUAUCGACAAUCUCUCAACGAUCCGAAAGAGUGGAUCCCGUUCUCGAGAAUCUUAAAUCACUCGCCGUCAGUAGGCCAAUAUUGAAGUCAGCUCCUCCCAGAGAAAGUAGCUUAACGGACAUCUUAGUUAGGAAAGCUUUAUCGUCUUCCUCUUCUUCCUAUACGGUGGAUCCUCAAAUACUUGCUGAGCUCUUCUCCAUUUACCGUGAAUGGCAAGAUAGCAAAGCUCAAGAAAUAACUAACAGACAGGAAGAUAUAGAAAACAAGAUAGAAGUGGCAGAUGCUUUGGCUUCUAAACUUGUACAGAGGUUUAACCACUCCGUUUCUGCUAUGAGGACCACUUCCCACCAUUUAUCUCAAGUUCAUGGGUUGCAGGUGGAGUUUGGGGAGCUUAAAGGAAGGUUGACAGAGGUGAUCAACAACUGUGAUACCUUAUGUAAAAGAAUUAAUGCUGAGGGACCUCAAUCUCUAAGGUCAACAGUGACUCCCUUUACUCUUGCACCACCUGAUUUAGUCAGUAUGAACACUACUACUACCCUGUCUUCUGAACACGAGGAAAUAAGAGUCAUUACUCGGUAAUUGUAGGUUAAUUAGUGAAUCGGAAUUCAUAUUUUUGUAGUUUUUUUUUCCGAGUUGUAUGUAUAAUCGCUCGGUACAAUAGGAAGCCAUUCUUGUUUUGUAGGGUAGUUAUUAUAUAACUAGUGUUACCCCCAUGCUAUGCAUGGGUUAAUUUGCUGUUUUAAAAAUUAUUUGAUCGCUGACAUAAUUGUAAUUAAAAUAAAUAUUACUUUAAAAUAUUA